UCCGCCCGCCCCGCUCGGCGGUUCCGGGCAUGGCGGGGCCCGCGGAGCAGCCCUUCGUGCCCUCGGUGCUGGGCACCCGGGAGCACUGGGAUGCUGCAUAUGAGAGAGAACUGCAAACUUUUCAAGACAUUGGAGAUGCUGGGGAAAUCUGGUUUGGAGAGGAAAGCAUGGUGCGCAUCAUCAGGUGGCUGGAAAAACACGGGGUCCCCCUGGACAGCUCUGUGCUUGACAUUGGAACUGGGAACGGUGUUUUACUGGUUGAAUUGGCAAAGUCUGGCUACGUGAAUCUCACAGGGAUUGAUUACUCUCCUUCUGCAAUACAGCUUUCAGAAAAAGUAAGAGAGAAAGAAGGGAUAUCUAACAUUAAAUUAAAGGUAGAAGACUUCCUGGCCCCAUCAGCUGAACUGUCAGGCUUUGACAUUUGUAUUGACAAGGGGACUUUUGAUGCCAUAAGCCUCAAUCCCGACAACGCGGCGGGGAAGCGGCAGCAGUACGUGAGAUCCCUGUGCAGGGUGUUGAAACCACAGGGCUUUUUCCUCAUCACAUCUUGCAACUGGACCAAGGAGGAGCUGCUGAACGAGUUCAGAGAAGGAUUUGAAAUUCUGGAGGAGCUGCCAACACCCAAGUUUUGCUUUGGAGGAAGAAUUGGAAACAGUGUAACAGCAUUGGUUUUCCAAAGGAAAGAAACGAGGCCAUCCAUCUUGGACAAAUUAGAUUAGAUGAGAAAAGUCUGAACUUUAAACCUGACAGAAAACCUCAGACACGUGUGUAAAUAAAUGCUUUUUGAGUGCACAGUAAAAUACUCUGUAUGGAACUCUAAGGGGCUAUAAAACAUUGCCCUAGAAACAUUUCAGCUUUGUAUAGCUUGCCCAUAAAUUUUGUCCUUGCUACAACCUCACUUAUUUUAAGGAAGCUGCAUGUUUGGGAGUGAGAGGGAAAUAAGACAUUCUACAUACAGGUAACAAAUAUAACUGAAUGAUGUUUGUGUUUGGAACAUAAAGGUUAUCUGGUAUUUAAUUUUAGCGUUGGUAAUCAGUGACCAAUAGAGGUAAAGGUAUUCUACAAAGCAAAAAUCUCAUUUCUCUGUUGUGCACUGGAAUAGGGAACAAGCUUUUGCUAUGUAAGUGCUUUAAUAUUGAUUAAAUUUCAUAUUAAUUAAGGCACUUAUAUUAAUAUGUAUUAAUAUUAAUUAAUUAAAAUCCUUAAUUUUUUUCUUUGAUGAACAUGAAUGUAGCUGUUAAGGAGGGAAAUUAAUACAAAAACCACAGCACUUGCAAAAAAAAAGUGCUUUAAAUGCAGAUUUUCAGAGGUUCUCAUGCUCAGCAUGGUUCUGUCUCCACUGAAGUAGCUCAGCUUUUUUCCCACAGAGGGAGUGUCUUUGAAGGCCUCACUUGCCUGAGUGUGUUCAUGCCUGGUCAGUUAUUUUCCCUGGUCUCAUAAAUACAUAAAGGUGGGAUGUUACAGUCUUGCAUUCUCACUGGUGAGUGACAUGUGCCUCCUUCAUGAUUGAUUUUCUAUAUAGUAAUGUCUUAAGAUCCACGGUGACCUUAGCUUUUCCGGUGAAUUUCUCAGGACAGAUUUUAGCUGCAUAAAUCCAAAAUAAUUCAAAGCAUAACUAUCCAUUCCUUGUUCAUCUUUUUUAAUAUAACUUUUAAACUUCUGUGUGUGAUCUUUUUGCCUAAUUUCUUUGCCUUUAUUUCUUCUGCUGUUUUGUAUUCUCUGAAUAUUAGUGUUGCUUGAAAGGCAGGAAGACGAGAUUUCUUCAUCCCUUGACAAACCCAUUUGCAGGUGACAAUAAACUUGUUCUUUCAAACAUCCAGGAGGCCCUGUUGGGCAAUCAGGUUUUGUUUCACAGGCAAGGUCAUGUUUGCUUAUCAGGGAAUUGCUUCUCCUAGUUUCCACAGUUCUCCUCAUUCCCAGGGCUCGGGAGAUCUUUAAGGGUCAAUAAAUGCUUCUAGUCCUUUCCCAGGACAGGAAUUAAGGCAUUAUUUGCACAGUGGUGAGUCCUCCCUCUGUGAUCCAUCUGUCGAUAUCCUCAAGGUAGGAAUCCUAAUUCCACAUCUUUUUGCAAAAUGGGAUAUAUUCCAUUGGAAGAAUGGUUUAUCAGCAGUGGUGAGCAGAUAUAAUCCCCGUCAACAGUUCUUUGCAUAUUUGGUCAGGCUUGAGUUCCUAACUCAAAUGCCAAAACCAAGGUCUUGUUACCAUUUGGGUAACUAUUGUAGUCCUGUGUGCUGUCUCUGCCCAGCAGCCGACUGGAAUGAUAGGAAAUGUAACAGGGAAUCCAGACAGAGGGUUUUUUGGUGGAGUGGUACAAAGGAUUCAAAGUACACUCCUGAUAACACCCUCAGUAAAAAGCCUGUGACAUUUUUGUAGCUGAUUUGGCAUCAGGUACAGCUAAUACAAGGAAAUUUUAAUUGUCAAGGACUCUGGCAGGAUGUGUUUAGGGCAUCUGUUUUAUUCCCAUCUGUCAUUUUUGCCAAGGAAGGCAUGAUGUGUGUUUAAUCAUGGAACGAAAAGAAAAUCCUGGCUGUCUCGGA